AUGUGGGACCUCGUGGCUACUGCCGCGGCAGGUCUGAAUGCUGGCGUGGGUCUGGAGGCUGCUGUGGCUGGGUGUCCUUCCGCCAACGAUGCGGAAGCGUUUGGACGUUUUGUGGGACACGGCUCGUUGUGGAUCGUGGCGGCCGUGAGCGCAGGGGUCAGCAUCCCCUACAACCUCCUGCUCAUGAGCUCGCCCUCCCCGGUGCCGGCCCCCAGCAACCUCAGCUCCCGCCGUCCCGUCACCUUUGCCGACCCGCCUGCCAGCACCCUUGGCGCGGAGGACGGAGGCCUGGAGGACGGCAUACAGUCCCCCAGCGCAUUUGCGGGGCAUCCCGGGUUUCACUCUGCGGACCUGGAUGCGUUGGAUGACCUGGGCAUGGCGAAGAGGCGCUCGCCCCAGCAGCCAGCUCAGGCGCGUCGCCUGAUGUAUGCCAAGUCAGGCAUCCUGGUCAACCCUGUGGAUCUGUCGAGGUCCUGGUCAAGGAAGUUCUGGUUCCAAGCGGCCCUGUCCCUUACGGUCUUUGGCGGCAUGGUCUCCAUCCUGGCAACCCGCAAGAGUUCUAUGACGGCGGGAGGCGGAUAUGCGCCAUUCUGA